AGCUAGAGUUGCGCACGAGUCUGUGACAGCGUGAGCGGCGCUCGUACGAUCAUAGCGUGCGGUGCGACACGGCUGCGACACGACAUAGAUACGACUUUUUGUGUUGUGAUACGUUCAGACAUAGGAGCGUUUAGAAGAUAAAAUGAACAUGAAGACAUUGCUGACGUUGUUCGGUAUGGCUGUGUUGUGGGAUUGGAGAUGCGAUGCGGCGACUGUAGCUGUGAAGCUGUGUGGGCGACAGCUAGGGGACAUGAUGAGCAAAGUCUGUCAUGUGUACAAUAGUCCCCCCGGGGACGUACCUACAGUUGUAGAACAACCACAUCCAUUAGUGAGACGACGAAGAAGAACUGGAAUAGCAGACGAGUGUUGCAUCUACGGCUGUACAUGGGAACAAUUGUCUUCAUAUUGCGCUAUUAGUGCUAAAUCAGAAUCGCCGUUGGAUUCGCUGGAGGCGCACAUGAUAGCUGACAGAUCAGCGGAGGUCGCGAGCAAGUCAUCGGCGGCUAAAGACACGCGCGAGGUGGGACGCCGCAGUCGCGGGUACGGGAGGGGGCGCUGUUGGUGCCGGCGCCGCUCGAGCCGGCGACCAUUCAUGGGUAACACGGAGCGCAUAAGAAAUGCCGCGCGCGCUGCUCCCGUGCUAGGCACGGUAUCGCCUCUUCUCACCUGGGGCCGAACUCUCAACACUGACUUCCCAACGCUCGAACGUAAUAGAUACGCCUACAUUUCUGUUUACAGUUAAAUUGUCAAUCACAGACGUUGGAACGAUAAGUAAAUGCAGUUACGUUCACUUUUAUAGUGUAAGAUAUCGUAACGCAAUGAUCCUUAGAAAAAAUUAAAAUUUCUUAAAAUUUACUGAAAAAAAGUGUAUCACAAUACAAAUGUUUUCACGUUAUUUUCAUCUUUAUUGAACAUAUCGAUGAAAUGAAAUAAUAAAAGAAUGUUUUGAUGAAGAAGCUAAAGUGGCAUAGAAUUAAUUUAAGUAUAAAAUAAAUUCUAGCAUAUUUUUAUAUUUCACACCAAUAUUUAAAAUUUACAUUUGAAAUGUCGGAUGUUUAUUUUUGACAGCUAACGUCACUGUCAAAGUUAUCACUGACACUCAAAAUGUUAUAGGUAUUAGAUGUGUAUUAAAACUAAUGAAAUACUUUAAUAUGCCUAGAAUUUAAUAAGCAUAGUUCUGCAAGGCCCCAGCAGUUUCUGCAAUGGUUCAAGGUUGUAGUCGCUUUUUAAGUAACAAGUACCUUCCUAGCAAUGUGUUCAAGUACCUAGUUUUAAACUUAAUAAUUACACGAUGGGGCGAGAUAUUUUUUUCUACCGUAGACUAUAUUUUAUCUAGGAUUUUAUAUUUGAAAAUUUAUUUUUAAAUUUAUGAUUUCAAAUUCUUCAAAAACCAAAUACAACUACAUAUUUGAUAAGUAAGAAAAAUUAUCAAAAUCUUUUUAUGUGUUUUCUACUUAAGAUUUACUUUUAUAUAUUGACUCUCAUAAUACUUCAGAUGCAAUUUAGGCUUUAAAUAGAAAAAUAAUUAUUAAUAAUAAUGUUGUAACAAUGUCCAUAAUAAGAACAAAACUCCAUAAUAGGUAAAUACAAAUUAUAUAAACAUUUUAUUUCUAAGAUUGUAUGUAAAUCACCUACCAUAUAAGUUUUGAAGAUCUCUUAAGCAACUGUGAUAAUUCCAUUUGAUAAAAAAUCAUUAACUUAUAAAUUUUAGAAUAUUAUUCAAUUAGAUUAAAGUAUUUCCUUGCCAUGUUUGUAUGUGUGUUUAGGUUUUAGAUAUUAUGUUGAUAUGUUUUAGUUAAUAGGAGAAUGAUUAAAUGGAUGAUAUAAAA